AUGACGGAGAAGUUUGAUGUGGUCAUUGUCGGUGCUGGAAUAUCUGGUUUGGCAGCUGCGAAAGUUCUCACUAAAGAGGGCCUAAACGUAGUUGUUCUGGAAGCUAGAGGUCAUAUUGGUGGACGUAUUCACACAAUCCGUCCAAAUCUGAACAAUGGUGAAUAUUCUCAUCCCAUAUUCCCAAUUGACUUGGGCGCCAGUUAUCUGCAUGGUUGCUGUAGUAAUCAGGAGGUCCAACCACUUUUUACUUUGGCUUAUCGCCUCAAAGUACAAAGUAUAACCUGUCCCGGUGAUACCCUUGGAACCUACCGAGGUUGGGAGUGUCCUGAAGUUGCUGCGUGGCGAGACCCUCAAACUGGUGAGGAGAUUGACCUGGAACAAGUUGCUGAAAUGAGCUUCCUACUGGACCGAUGCCUCCUACAGUCUCUCAUGCUCACUUCAAAGGAAGUCUCUUCAAAUCCCAUGAAACCCAUUAGUCUGGCCCACGUUCUCGAAUUAGCCCUGAACGAGAGUGUAAACGUUCUCUACAAAAGUGGCCAACGAAGCAGUCCUGAUCUUUCCAACCGCGAACGCGGCAUUUUCGACGCACUCUUUGCCCGAUACAUCGCCUACGUCAACCCAGCCAGCCGCUUGCCCGCUCGACUCACUUUGGGCGAAUUCUAUGAGGCAGACGCUGUGGCUGGAUUAGCCAAUGAUCCAAAUACUCCCUGUAUAGCUGACCGACAAGCCUGUCUCAAGUUCCUCCAGCGCAAACGCGAUUUUCUCGCCACUCGUCCUCAGGUAGGGAGUUCUCCGAGUCGGGUUAAGUAUCGCACUGAAGAUCGAUUAAUUCUCUCGGGUUUCUCCACCUUCACGGAUUUCCUGGCUGCAGAUCUUGAUAUUCGACUGGAGAAAGUGGUGAGAAGGGUGGAUUGGACAAGGGAGGAUGCAGUGAAAGUGGAAACGGAGACUGGGGACAUCUUUGAGGCGCUGUUUUGUGUGGUUACACUACCAGUAGGCGUACUAAAAGGACUGAGGCAUGAGAGUGCCGUGCAAUUUGUGCCGGCUUUACCGUUGAGGAAACGCAAAGCGAUUGAUAAUUUGGGAAUUCCUCAUCCUGGAGCAGCUACUCACAACAAAGUAAUUCUCAUUUUCCGUCCAGAAGAUAUAUUUUGGGACCUCACCACUGCACAACUGAACAGUUCUGACGGUCGUCUACAUGCACUCAACUUGCACUUCUUUGGUCAUCAAGGUGCCUUGAUGUGUCACAUAUGGGGUGGCUCUCCAAUAAUUCUGACCGGUAGGUCAGAUGAAGAGGUGAUUACUGAAAUCAUGGACAUCCUUGUGGGAAUGUAUCAAGUUCCUCCCGAACGUCGACCCGUCCCACUAUUCACUCAUGUAACUAGGUGGUCUGAAGAUCCGUUCUCACUUGGCGCUUACACAGCGGGCGAGCCAAGCUGCUGUGGUGAUGAAGACAGGCGGGCUUACGCACAGUCACUACCUCCUAAUUUCCAGUAUCAAGGGCAAAUUAUCACCAAGAUCGCCGCAGAAGUACCUUUUAAGCUUAAUCACGGACAAGAAUCUGAACUCGGGUUGGUUAGAUGGUGA